AUGGAUGUGCUAAAAGAACAGCUAUGUAAAAGAGGUGUUCGUAUUUUGACUGGAUUGAGAAAAUACCUUCAACAAUUGGACAAGGAAGGAAAUGAACUUUUAGAUAAGGCAGAUUUCCCAGGGAGAAAAAAAGUAUUUCACUUAGAAGUGUCCGAAAAUGAUUUUGAGUCUUUGUGGCUAAUUCUAAAUGGUUAUGGCAAUGGCAAGGUUGAUUACAGAGAAUUCAAGCAUGCCGUUAUAGGUGAAAUGAAUGAAUACAGAAAAUCAUUUGUUCAAAAGGCCUUUAUGAAAAUGGAUUUUAACAAAACAGGCAGUGCGUCUGUUAUAGACAUAAGAAAAUGUUAUUGUGCAAAGAAGCAUCCUUAAGUAAUUUCAGGACAUUCCACAGAGGAAGAAAUCAAAACAUCUUUUCCAGAAACACUGAAAGAUGCCUGCAGUAAGUCUGAUGAAGUGUCAUAUGGUGAAUUUGAAGAUUACUAUGAAGGUCUAAGUAUAGGGAUAGUAGAUGAUGAAGAUUUUGUUAAUAUCUUACAUACUCCAUGGGGGAUCUAG